CGAAAUGUCGGCAAAUUAUAUCGUUUUGCUAUACACCGGUUGUGCUUUAUUUAUCUUUGACAUGAAUAUACCUGGUGGCAAUCAUGCGCUUCGCUGCUCUCAUCAAGCAGAAUACGGCUGAUAAAACGGGGUAAGCAAUGAAUUGCGUGCGUAUUUUUCUUGUAGGAGAAAUUUGAUGUGAACCGCCAGUUGUAUCGAUUGUCAGCGUAAUAUUGAACCCAAACUAACAAGAAGAACUUAUAGUCAUACCUGUACUCAUUGACUGCACAAUUUCAAGUUAAGGCAUACAUUUCCUUUUUUUAGAUUUUGACUCUUCGGACCAAAUUAACAUGUAAUGCAAAUGUCUUUGAUUUUUUGACACUGAAGUGACCGUAUGGGUCGUUUUACUUUAAUUUAUGGAAAUACUAUCUUUAUUCUGUCAGACCUGACGGCCACGACUGUCCUCCGUUUUGACUUUACGGAUUCAGAGCUACGCCGCGAUUGAUUGUUGGAACCGGUACAGCGGUUGGUUGUUGGAACUUCGCAUCCAUGUAACGAUAUUUGGACAUUGCUCUCUUGUAUUUUUAUUACAUUCACUCAACGCUAUCUUAUUUAGUAUUCUGUUAUAUCUUAAUUAAAAUACGCCACAAAUACAUUUUAUUAUGUAUUCAAACACCAUCAAACAUAUUUUUCACUUUUAGAUGUUAUAUUUGUUCCAUUGAUUUUUAUUUUAUUUAUGACAUAAAAAUGUUUGCAAACAGAUUAUUCUACAAAAAUUUAUACCAAAAAAAAAAGUUCAAAUUAAUAUUUAGCAAAGUAUUUCGAGAAAACAAUAAUUAAAUUCAAUCCCACGUAAUAGCUAUUUUUGAAAGCUUAUCUGCGAGCGCUUCUAUACAUUUAAUUUUGAAUUUUGGGAAAUUACAUUAGAUGUUAUCAUAAUAACGCUAUCAUAACUUUACUUGUUUUAUUCCUGUCCUGUUCCUGUUAUUGCUGUCAGUUUAAAUCAAGCAGCUACUGAUGCAAAAUUUCUGGCUUAUCGAAUUUAAAAGUUUUGAAAAUUUUUCCCAGUGACUUUUAUGCAGUUUCGACGUUACUUUAGUUUUAAAAUAAAGAAACGAUAGCCCGGGAAUUUUGCACCAGUAGCUACUUAAUUUGAACUGACAGAAGAUAGGAAUAAAACAAGUAAAGUUAUGAUAACGUCAAUAUAAUUGUUUCCAAACUCGGUGGAUGAUGUAGUAUGCACAUAAAACGUCACAAAUAGUUUCGGGUGUUUUUUGAAUACCCCAACGCCAAUGCAGAAGGUGCUAAAAUUUCUUCUGUUUGAAUAAGGAUACUUCUUCAUUGCAAGCAAUUAAAGUGUUUGCUUAGUCCAUUACAAUACAGAGCUCUUAAUUAUCGUCGUUAGUUGCCAAAACAAGCACAAUGCACAGAAGCGCAUAAUUCAUGCCGUAAAUAUCCAAACAUUUGUGACGUAAUAAAUGUUCUGUUGUGUAAUCAGUGACGACGUUAUCUUCGUGUUGCAUUUCUAAAAAUAAAGUUUACACUCCAAGCUUAUUUACUUAUCAUUUGAUAUAUUAGAGUAGGGAGUUUUACUUCAAAACCCUAAACAAACACGCGAUAAUAAGCUAUCUGAAUAAAAUACAGCUAUAUUCCGAGUUUCGUGCAAACAACAAACUUUAGCAUGAUUAUGAAUAGAGAUGACAUCCGCAAUUAACAGGGCACAAAAAAGAUUCUGGAUGGAAAUACCCAGUGCCAAAUUUUUCCGUCAAAUGGGGUAUAUAUAUACAAUCGAAGUGCAAUGGAUAUCCACACACCUCACAGAUCAAGAAAUAUAUUUGACAACAAAAACAGUAUCACUUGAUAUCAAGAUCCUGAAACAAAGAUGAAUCCUAAGCAAUGCCAAAAGAUCAUGUUUGCUCUCAUAAUUGCAAUGUUAUUCAUUGACAAUGCCAGAGGAAAACCCAAGAUUUUCAAAGGAAAAAAUUGGGAGGCAAAAUAUGAAUGUGAAAAAAAUGUAAGAAUACGAAGAGAUGGAUUUGCAGCAUACAAUGAAACUACACUCAAAUGCGCAGGAAGCAAGAUAUCGCCUAACAUGAUCACCUAUGUUGACAAAUGUAAAUUUUGUUGGAAUCCACUGAAAAAUAGAGUGAUGAAUGAUGAUCGAUACAAACCGGUUCCUAUUACAACAGUGAUUGAAUUUAUUCCAACUGAUGCUGGAACUAGGAAUAAGCAGUAUACAGUUAUCAAAGCUUGCACAUGCUCAAGGAAGCAGAAAAGCAUUGGAAUGAGAAAGAAAAAAAGAGAUGGCGGGAUGAGGGAUUAAGUAUAACUUAUGACGAAAAAAUCAGUCUUGAACACGGUC